AUGUCUUCCGUUGAGGUCGACGAGAAUGGUCAAUCUGAUCUGAUACUCGAAGCGGUACGAAUCGCUCGGGAAUUCGAGUUCUCGGCGGACGAUGUUCGCCGUGCGACGGCCCAUUUCCUGAAACAGCUUAACGAGGGCCUCCAGGAAGAUGGAACUUCCAUGUGUCAGAUUCCAUCCUAUGUUACCAAGCUCCCUAAUGGCUCUGAAAAAGGCGUCUGCUUGGCCAUUGACCUCGGCGGCACCAACUUGAGAUCAAAAGUCACCAUCCCACGACAUCUCAUGUUGGCACCGACAUAUAAAGACCUUUUCAGAUUCAUAGCCCUUCAAACGAGACACUUCAUGGAGAAGCACCAUGCGUCAGACCUCGACAAGUGGACUGUCUUAUCAGAGGCAGGUGUCACUGACGAGCUUCGAAAGAGGCAUUCCAAGAGCUUGGGAUUCACCUUCAGCUUCACCUUCGAUCAACACGCCCUCAACAGGGGCGAGCUUCUUUAUUGGACCAAGUCCUUCGACAUUCCCGACGCCGUCGGCCGCGACCCCUGCGCCAUGCUCCAAGAAGCACUCGACGAGCAGGACCUGCCGCUAUUGGUGACCGCCCUCGCCAACGACACGGUGGGCACGCUGGCGGCGCGGGCCUACACCUCCCCGGGCCGAUCGAGUACGGUCGUCGGCGCCAUCUUCGGCACGGGGACCAAUGGCGCCUACAUGGAACGCAUCUCGCGGAUCACCAAGUUGCGUUCGCGCGCGGGCUACGCAGACUACGAGCCCGGCGCAAUGAUGGCGCUGAACACGGAGUGGGGUGGGUUCGAUAGCAAACUCGAGGUGCUGCCCACGACGCGAUUCGAUCGUGAGUUGGACCAAGACUCCGUCAACCCGGAUGACCAGCACUUUGAGAAGCGGAUAUCUGGCAUGUACCUUGGUGAGCUCCUGAGGCGGAUCAUCGUCCAUCUGCUGGAUUCGAGGCGUGGGAUCUUUAACAUGAAGAUCCCAAAAGACUCUGUACUUCACAUCCCUGAUAGCAUCGACAGCUCACUGUUGUCCUCGAUCGUGAAGGACACAACCCCGAAUCUGGAUAUUGCUCGAUUGGAAGUUUCCAAGCUUCUCGGCGCCACGGACAUUGCAAAGACAGAUAUGGAAGCCUUGAAGAUCCUCUCCAGCGCCAUCGGACGCCGGGCUGCCAGGCUGUCUUCGGUCGCCAUCGCAGGGGUCGCUCUCCAGUCAGGGAGAUUACACUCAACAGCUGUGGCAAAACCAGCCCGGGUCUCGUGGACCACGAAUCUCAGCAUGCUAUCUCCGAUUGUAUACGGGCUGAGAAGUCUAUGGAAUAUCGUGGCUAAGUGGUUGCAUGUCAAAGUUCGAAUCACGAUACCUGGGAAAGGCGCGUCUUGGAUACCGGCAGAUGAUCAAUCUGACCACGGAGAGGACUCCGGAGAUGUGGACGAUGGAGUCAUCGACAUCGGCGUUGAUGGAUCAUUGAUUGAACACUUCCCAAACUUUGAGACGAAUAUCAGAGAAGCUUUAAGGGAAGUUCCGGAGAUUGGUGACAGUGGAGAAAAAUGUAUCAAGAUUGGGAUGGCAAGCGAUGGCAGUGGUGUUGGAGCUGCGCUGAUUGCUUGGUCGGCAAGGGAAUAA